AUGUAUUCAAAUGUAGAACUCGUAGGUUCGCGCAUCAGCGCAAUAUGCAUUAUUUUUGUUGUAUCUCUUGUCGCAUCAUCAUUUCCUUUGCUCUCAAAGCGCCUCACGUUUCUUCAAAUACCUCGCAUCGUCUUUUUUAUUGGAAAACACUUUGGAACAGGUGUCAUCCUGUCCACAGCGUUCGUUCAUCUCCUCCAAGACUCCUUCGAGGCUUUGAACAACCCAAUUCUACGCUCGCAGUCGAAGAUAGGGGAUUUUACUGGUCUCAUCGUAUUGGCCUCGCUUUUGUCUAUCUUCUUGAUUGAAUAUGUAUCCACUUCAUACGUGGACCGGCUCCAUUCAUACGGUUCACCGACACCAUCUCCACGAUCGGCUACCCCGAUAACUGCAUCGACACCCAUCUCUACGACACCUACCCGUCGCGUCGAUACGCCUAAGCCACUGGAAAGCUCUGCUUCCCAAUCUGAGCGCACGCAUCUCGUACAUUCUUAUUCUCCACAAAGCCCUCGACGUACGCGAUCGUUCUCGUAUGGGUCUACGAGUCAGUCGCACAGGCACGAUUCCUACUUCUUCGAAGGACAUCAUAGACACGAGGCUAGGUGCUCUCAUGAUACGCACCAUGAACGCGGAUUCAAGUUGUCGUCAUCAUAUGACCCAGAAGAAUUGGAACAGGGUAUCGUGGCUGACAUAGUUCAUGACCGGGUGCUGCAUGCUGAGCAUGGGCAUUCACAUACGCUAGAUUCUGAAUUAAAGGAAGUUCAAGUUGGAAAGAAAAGGCAGAUUGUCGGCAUUCUCGUGUUGCAAUUAGGCAUCAUGAUACAUUCUGUCAUUAUAGGUCUAACGUUAGCGAUCACUCAGGGCCCCGAGUUUGCGUCACUCCUCGUGGCUAUUAUUUUUCACCAGCUUUUUGAGGGGCUAUCGCUCGGCAUUCGGAUAGCAUCUCUUCCUUCGUCGGACGAUGGAGGCACUAAAUAUAUGGCCAUUUUACGAUCUACCCUUAUCGUGCUUUUUGCAGUUACCAACCCUGUUGGCAUUGUAAUUGGUCUUUUGGCAUUCAGGCGGGGUCAUGACGUCGGUACGUACCACUCCACAGUGGAAAUGCUCCUCAUUCAAGGAAUCAUGUCUGCAAUUUCCGCAGGGAUGUUGAUGUACGCCGCAUGUGUCGAGAUGCUUGCGGGAGACUUCGUAAUGGACCCGAUUUUGUGGCGCAGCGAGCUUUGGAAACAGACACUUGCGUUGGUAAGCUUGGGCGCAGGAGUUGUGGCUAUGGCACUCGUGGGGAUGUGA